GGCCGGCAGCCGGGGUCACGUGACGGGGCCGGAAGGGGCGCCGGGAAUGGCUCUAAGGGAGCUCGGUGAGGCUGGAGCCCGAGCCGGAGUCUGGAGGCGGGAGAAGGCACCAUGUCUACUCAGCAACUGCGGAAUGAAAGCUACAAUGACUACAGUUCGACGGAGGUGAGCCCGACUGAGUCCCCUUCCAAUGGACUAGAUGACUUCCCCAGCUCGAGCUCCUACCAACGGUUUGGGGAAACCGACGGGACAACAUGGUUCCAGACCUUGAUCCACUUAUUGAAAGGGAAUAUUGGCACAGGUCUCCUAGGGCUGCCCCUGGCAGUGAAGAAUGCAGGGAUCUUGAUGGGUCCUCUCAGUCUGUUGGUCAUGGGCAUUGUGGCUGUGCACUGUAUGGGCAUCCUGGUGAAGUGUGCUCAUCACGUCUGCCAGAGGCUACACAAACCCUUUGUGGACUAUGGAGACACGGUGAUGUACGGGCUGGAAUCUAGCCCCAGCUCUUGGCUUCGGACUCAUUCCGUGUGGGGAAGGCGUAUUGUGAGCUUCUUCCUGAUUGUUACUCAGCUGGGCUUUUGCUGUGUGUAUUUUGUAUUUCUGGCUGACAACUUUAAACAGGUGGUGGAAGCAGCCAAUAUGACCACCAACAACUGCCAAAGCAAUGAGACCAUCGUGCUGACGCCCACCAUGGACUCACGGCUCUACAUACUCUCCUUCCUGCCUUUCUUGGUGCUGCUGGUGUUUGUUCGAAACCUCCGAGCCCUGUCCGUCUUCUCAUUGCUGGCCAACAUCAGCAUGAUGGUCAGCCUCAUCAUGAUCUAUCAGCGUAUCGUGCAGGGAAUCCCAGACCCCAGAAACCUGCCCUUGGUAGCAAAUUGGAAUACCUACCCCCUGUUCUUUGGUACAGCCAUAUUUGCAUUUGAAGGCAUCGGAGUGGUGCUUCCCCUGGAAAAUAAAAUGAAUCAGCCCCAGCACUUUCCAGUCAUCCUGUAUGUGGGGAUGACCAUCGUUACCCUUGUCUACAUCAGCCUGGGAUGCCUGGGCUACCUUCAGUUUGGAGCAGCCAUACAAGCCAGUAUAACCCUCAAUCUGCCCAAUUGCUGGUUGUACCAGUCUGUCAGGCUGCUUUAUUCCAUUGGGAUCUUUUUCACGUAUGCCCUGCAGUUCUACGUCCCUGCAGAGAUCAUCAUCCCCUUUUUCGUCUCCCGAGUGACAGAGCAUUGGGCGUUGGUGGUAGAUUUGUCUGUGCGCAUAGUCAUGGUCUGCCUAACGUGUGUCUUGGCCAUCUUGAUCCCUCGACUAGACCUCUUCAUCUCCUUGGUGGGCUCUGUGAGCAGCAGCGCCCUGGCCCUGAUCAUCCCUCCACUCCUGGAGAUCACUACGUAUUACUCAGAAGGCAUGAGCCCCAUCACCAUUGCUAAGGACAUCUUGAUUAGCGUCUUGGGCUUCACUGGGUUUGUGCUGGGCACCUACCAAGCGCUCUAUGAUCUGAUCUAGCCAAGCGUGUCUCCCACUUUUGCCAACGUUACCAGUACCUUUGUACAGUGACCUUUUCGGUACGUUCUCUGCGCCAAGCCGCCCCACCCUACCAAAUGUCUGUCGUCAAGGCCUCCGGUAAGGCCAAGGAUGGAGUAGGCUAGGUAGGGGCUACUUUUACUUGUCAGUCGGGGACUGGCCAGUGGGACUGGUUAGAUUGUGGAUGAUUCCAAUAGUGAUGGUCAUCUCUCAGUACUUGUUUUACCCCAACACUUUCCCACCCAUCCCCUCCCCUCCUGCAUUUUGUGGCUUUGAUCUUACUGCAGCACAACUCUCUCCAUCUUUUGGCGAUUCACCUCGAUAGUUUCCUCUCCUCCGGGCCAAGCCUCCACAAAACAAGGAUCAUGGUCCAUCUGUUUGUCUGCUACCCUUGCUCUUUUACCUCUGCUUUUCUUGCCUUCUGGACUCUUCCGGGGGGCAGCAGAAUACUUCAAGUUACAGUUUUGAUCCUGGCUUGAUCCAGGUUUUCUGGGGCACCGUAGGCAGCACCUUCCCCUCAGAAUCUACCACGUAUGGGGUACGAAUAUGAGCACGUUCCUUAUCACUUAGCACUUCGAACACACUCUGUACUGUCUGAGUACAAAACCUUUCUGUUUUAUUUCAAGUUAGGCCUCUGCUCCUGAAGUCUCUCUGAGUCUGUAAUUGCUGGGGUCAUUAGACCCAGCUUAUUCUUACCAAACCUCACCCUUGCUCUUCCUAUGGAAAAUAUGACUUGAUUUAAAUUCGUAAUUUAUUAUACAUUUAGCAUAGAAAUGGGGAAAGCAGCCCGCUGCUCUCGUAACCAUCUUCUAAGAGAAGAUUAAUGCAGUUGGGACAAGACUUGAGGCCCACAUGAGGUCAAAAGACAAAAUGUGUCGCUGAAAGUUUAGAAAAUUAAUUCUGUAAGCCAGGUUCCUCAGUCUCUAUGAGAAUUGAAAGGGGUGGCAGGCUCCUUAUUGGCAUUGUGUAUUGGAGCCCUGAAUCCAUCUCAGUCUGGUUAGACUGGCAGCAUAUGUCCCUGCCCCAUUCUCCUUCCUGGCUGGGGGUUGUGUAUCCCAUUGACAAAGAUUAGAAGUCAAGGUCAGAAAGCCUAGUCCUUGAGGUUGUAUAGAAACACAGCAAUUGAGGAAUCCCCACCAUGUGGGGUGAAAUUCUGUUGUGGAACUUGAUUGAGUAAGGAGGUCAGUCAGAGAGUUCUACAUAGUGCAGGCGUUGCUGGCUCCAGAGCUGUCUCUCUGUCCCACACUUCCCAUGAACCCCAUUAGGGGACGUGCCUCCUUGGCACACUGGUAACACUAUUACAAGGGAUCCCAUCCUAUUCUUCCUAUGAGGCUUCCUUAUGUGCCAGGGCAUUGGUUGCUAAGAUCCUGAGGCCACCUUAGCUAGCCUAAAUUAAGGUUUUGGAAGCUUCCCAGUCCUGAGUUUGAGAAGGGGCUGAACUAGCCUCUUGAAGAGGAGUCUCACCUAUCUAACUUUUUACUGUUUCCUCACCCUUCCUGCUUAAUGAUUGGGAAGUGAUUCCAAAGGGCAUUAGUGAAUUCUUUGGCUGUGUGUGUUAGCCCAGAGGGUUUUAGCAAAGGUCCAUUCGGUGCCUCUCUCACCCUUCCCUGUGCCCUCACCAUAACUUUUUGCUCUUCUGGCCUGGAAAUGCAGGUGCCUUAGGGAGUAGGUUAGGGAAGGGAAGUUUAUCUCUCCAUCUUAGCUUUGCCUUUUUGCCUUCAAACAGGGCUCAGGCUUCUAUGUGAGCACUCGAUGCUUAAAUCAGUGCAGUGGCUGAGGGUAAAAGCUUCAGCUGAGGCCACCCUGUGCCUCUGAAAUCAGCAGGAUGUCAGGGGUUCCUCCUCCAAAACCAGGUAUGGCUAGAUGUCAGGUGCAGGGGUCUGAAGAAGGAUUUCUUUUUAAAUGUACUACAGUGUCUCUUAAUAGAUAAGAGACACUUAAAAACUCUAGCAGCAAAGAUUUACACAAAACAAUCAAACUGAGGACUUUUCUGGUCCUGUACCUGUUAGAACCAGAUUACAAUUUAUAACUUGGUUCUGGCCAAUGGGAAUUUUGUUUUUCAUCCCAUGCUGUUAGGGGAUAGCAAAGGGGCUUGAAAAACAAACGCAAACUGGAAUGGAUAGGAGGUUCCGGUUCUUGGGUUCUUAAAUUUCAGAAGAGAAUUUAAUAGGUUUUUUUUUUCCUCCCACUAUCGGCCACGCUUCUGGAAUCUAUGUAACCACCCUGAUAUCAGCUUAACAGUCUGUCCAGAAUGGUCCUCAGUCCUUCCUCCCUCCUCUUAUUUCUUUGUAACCCCUUCUGCAUCAAUGCUCUGACCUAGGCAGUGACCUCAGGGCCUAGAAACUUGAGACAGAGACCCAGGACCUCCCAGCUAUGGAGCAGAGGCCAGGUCAUAAGGUCAGCUUUCUGCUCCAAGGUCUCUUAAGGGACCAGUGUCUCUGCUUUGCACUUUGUAGAAACUAACCUAAGGGCUCUGUCCUCUUAAGGGUGCUGGAUAUGUAGCUCAUGCCACAUGGGGUAGAAGUACUCUGAGGCCUGCACUGCUUCUAACAAGAGCCCUGCCUGCCUGAGCUUGACUUUCCUGGGAAGUAGUUAUAUGAGAUCCCUCAGCUAGGGGACAAAAGGCUUAGAGGGAUGCAUGCAGGCAUGAGGAGCUUUUUUUUUUUUUCCUUUGUCCUCUGAGUAGAGAAUCAGAGCCCUAAAGACCCUGCACUCUGGGAAGUGGCUCUCCACCUACCUCCAUAAUGUUCCUAUCCUUUCUUUGUUUCUUCUUCCCCUUGGCAUCUCUUUGCUUGGAAAUAUUCCAGGCUUUUUACUGCAAGGGACUCAAUUUCUCUCUGGGUUCUCUUUUGCCUAGACUGGAUGAGUUGGGCUGAUCUCAGCCAAGGGUACACUGAGAGAACCUCAAAGAAUGCAGAGCUCUUUUCACCCAGCGCCAGAAUUGGGAGCAGGGGUUUCCUAAUCUUACUUGACAAAGUACAAUCCUACUCAUCUAGAGAGGGGGCAAGGAGAAAUUCCUAAAUUUACUGGGAGCUAGCUGCUCUAUCCUGGUAUGUUGGGUUCAGGUCUCCUGUCCCUGGUAACAUCUCUCUUCACAAGGGCAUUAUUUAUAUAUUUAGUGCCAUCCAAGUGUAGACUGAUGAGCACUGCUGUGCACACACAAACCCUGAGCAGAAGUGAAUAGUUUUGUGUUAGCCUAGACCCUGUUGCCUAUAGCCUCCCCAUUCUGUGAUCCAACUUCCCUACCCUAAUUAGUAUUGGAUAUGCUUAGUACCAAGACCUCAUCCUUCAAAAUGCUAUAAUCCGCUCCUUCAGAAAACCUUCUAGUUUUGUGAAACCCUGAAGGUAGUGAAAGCGAGCUGGUAAAUUGGGAAAGAUCGCUUUCCUCCCUCUCUGCCACCUCUCUAGAUAACCUGUUAGGAAGAACAAUGCCUUCUUUAUUUAACACUACAUGCCCACUUCAUACUUUCUUCAAGUGUAACAGUAAAAUCCCACUCAUUGUUUACAGAUUUUAUUCCUUAUUUACUACUGCAAAUGAAUUGGUCUGAGUGUCUAAUCUGUGUAAUAAGGUAACAGAGUCAGCGCUUGGCGUUGGGCAGAACAUUAUGCUGCUUACUCUCAGAAGAGCCAUAAAUUUGCCACUUUCUCUUAAGAGAGCCAUAAAGUGAAAAUAGUCUGAUUUGGUGACUACAGAAUUGCCUGGUAUUUGAAAUUUGCAGAAAGGACCAAAUGAUUGUCCAUGAGCACAAAGUGAACAGACAUCUUAGACUAUGGCUUAGGCAGGGGGAGACUAGAGAGUCAAAGGGUAUGUUUUGCCUUUGAAACCUUGGGCAGAAUGGCUUAGGCAGUUUAUCCCUCUAGCUCCAAGGUGGUUUGGCCUAAUGGUGUCAAGUUUCUUCUGAAUCUUUGUACCAUCAAAGUCCCUUAUUGGUUUGGUACCAGCGUUGGGGCUGGGCCAGGGGCAGAGAGUGCAUGGUUAGAAAUAAUUAGGUUUUGUUAACAUCAGGAAGAGGUUAAUGAAUUACCAGAGGGUUAAGUUUGAUGUCUGACAAUUACUGAACUGAAAAAUCAACCAAUCAUGUUUACCAUUGUCCAAAUGGAUAAGAGAGUAGAAAGUCUUAAUUCAGUGUAAGAUUGCCAGGUGGCAGAUCCCAGUAACCAGAAUAUCGCUGUAUAAUGCAGCCGCCAGGAGCUGCUGGUGCUGUAAGUGUUUGGUGCCUGUUGUAUUUCUGUUAAGUGCAGACGUGGCUCAGGCAGGGCCUUGUGGGGGGAUUUCGUGUUUGAUUCUGCACGGGGAUCAUGCGUUUUUCCUUUCAAUAAAUGAAAUGGUUUUUUUUAAUUUUGA